AUGCAGAUCCCUCCAAAGAAAGUGCUUAUGUCCUGGCCACGGCCGAACUAUGAGCAUCCAAAAGAACUCCGAGGGCCUGGGUUGAUUAUAUUGACUGCCAUAUUCGCUCCAUUGACUGCCGCUGUCGUUGCUAUCCGCUUGUUCACUCGUAUUCGAAUAUCCAAAAGUUUUGGUACCGAUGAUAUACUCAUAGUUGCUGCAGCAAUCCCGGCCAUUGCCUGUGGUGUAAUUACCGUCCUGGGCACGAUCAAGUAUGGAUGGAGUCGACAUGUCUACGAUGUACCGUUCGACCAGCUUGUCCUGGGACUGAAGCUCACCAUGGCAUUGGAGUGUCUGUUUGGCGUCAGCUGCGCUCUCACGAAGCUAUCCCUCCUCUUCUUUACGCGGAAAAUGAUUUUCGGGAUAAAUUCAAAGAUCUUGAAGUGGCUCGUUUGGAUUACCAUUGCCGUCGUUGCUGCUGAAAUGGUCAUCUUUUGCAUUGUGGUUAUUUUCACCUGCCGCCCAAUAUCAGCGUACUGGACUCUAAGCUUCCACCCCCAGGAAUGCAUUAACGAAACGGCACAUCUCCUGAUCGGUACAAUCAUUAACAUUUUCACGGAUCUCUUGGUUGUUAUCUUGCCGAUACCGACUGUCAUGGGCCUCAAGUUGCCGUACAGACAGCGUAUUGUCUUAGCCCUCCUUUUCGGCGCCGGUUUCGCAGUCUGUAUUGCAGGCAGCUUCAAAACCUACUAUGUUCAUGCAUAUAACGUCUCGUAUGACAAAACCUGGGAUUCCUACCCCGUCUGGAUCUCAGGCACCAUCGAGCUGUACCUCGGCGUUAUUGCUGCUUCGUUAGCCUCUGUCAAGCCAUUCUUCGCCCGCUACCUCCCCGCAGUCCUGGGCACAUGGUCCUCCCAACGAGGCGGCCAUUCUUCUGGAUACUCCAACUCCCGGUCUCGCGGACGGCGAGGAGACAACGGUUAUGUUAGUGAUGGCAACGGCGGAAUUCUCAACAGCUACCAUACGACAACGACCGUCGCUUCCGCAACACCAAACGGCAUCGAGUUUGUAGACCUGGAUAAGAAGGGGGUGAUGGUGUCUAAAUACAUAACGUAUGAAGCCAACAAUGUAUCGAAACCUUCAAGCAUUCGGUCCGCGGACGCAACAUCAGAGUCGGAACUGAGGCUGACAUGA